CACGUUUUCAUCGGGCCUGCCCCGAACUAGACAUCACCGUCCGGAUGUGUCAAUGAGGUCAGCUCUGUUUCACCACACUUGUCGUUGUGUCUGUCUACUGCGGCUGUGGCCUUCGUCUGAUCUGUUGUCUCGCCGAGCUGCUUGAUGUGCAUAUGUUGGCGUCGGGCGUCAAAAAAUGGUAGCACUCCAAACGGGGUUUCUGGAACAAAUGAAACUCCCCUUCAGAACGGGAGAAUUCGACGGGCAUCUGCUGACAGUGAUUGCCAAGAGAUCUCCCACUCGACCUUGCAUUAUCUCUUAUCGUCCAAACGUAGUCAUGGCGGACUCUCAGUCAAGCUUCCGGCCAGCACUGCUGGUGGUGGACAUGCAGGAGGACUUUUGCCCACCAUCCGGCUCCCUCGCCGUCCCCCUCGGCCGCACAAUAACGCCCCUAAUCAACACCCUCCUCACCCUUCCCCCCCGCACCCUCCCCCUCAAAAUCGCAACCCAAGACUGGCACCCCCCAAACCACAUCUCCUUCGCCCCCAACCACCCCUCCAACCCCCCUCCCUUCGUCACCUCCCACACAAUCACCAACCCCCUCAACCCCUCCCAAUCCUACACCACCCUUCUCUGGCCCCCCCACUGCAUCCAAUCCACUCCCGGCGCCUCCCUCAUCCCCGAGCUCUCCUCCCAAAACUUCACCCACAUCAUCAAAAAGGGCCUCGACCCCAGAGUGGAGAUGUACUCCGCCUUCUUCGACCCUUUCCCCCCCACCCCCACCGGCGAACGAGUCUGCGAUUCCGGACUGGCCAAGCUGCUCCACGACGAAAAGGUGACGCACGUCUAUGUUGUCGGGCUGGCGGGGGAUUAUUGCGUCAAGCACACGGCGUAUGAUGCUGCAAAGGAAGGGUUCCAGACGGUGAUUAUCGAGGAGGGGACCAAGACCGUUAACCCGGGCGGGUGGGAGGAGUGCAAAAAGGAGAUGGAGAGUAUUGGUGGGGUGAGGGUCGUGAGCGUGGAGAGUGAGGAGGUGCAGAGGUUGUUUAAGAAGGAUUGAGGCGGUGGAGGAUACCCAUGGGGAAAGAAGAGUCGGGAGGCGUUUGUGACGGCGUCAUAUAAGAUGGCUUUUAUGGCAGCACGCUGAGCUGGCCAUGUCAUCGAACCAUUUAGGUCGGACCUAGAAUGGGCUUCAACUUAUGAACAACUUUGUCGGUGUCCCAUGUCCGUUGAUCGUGACACUAUACAGGCUCCAUUUCCACCCAUCAAACGUGUGACAAUCAUCAGUCCCCUAAACAUUUCCAAAAGGAAAAUCCCCGUUGAUCAACGUCACCAUCUGAAACAGUCACACAGUCACCAACAAAAUAAAG